AUGUCGGAAAUUGCUGCCCUAGUACUGUGUAAACUUGGUGGAAAGGCCGGAAGUGCCGCUGAUAUCAAGGCUAUCAUUGAAGCCGCUGGAGGCGAAGCCAACGAUGAUGCCAUCACAAAGUUGACUGCAGAUAUGGAGGGAAAGGACAUCAACGAAUUGUUGGCCGCAGGAAUGGAUAAAAUGAAGGAUGUGCCAAUGGGAGGUGGCGGUGGCGGCGGUGGCGGCGGCGGUGGUGCUGCAGCCGGAGGAGGCGCAGCUGCUGAGGAAGAGAAGGAAGAAGAGGAAGAAGAAGAAGCCGAGAUCGGUGGAGGUAUGGAUAUGUUCGGAGGGGAUGGCGGCGGUGACGGUGGUGACUACUAA